AAGGAGGGAAUUCAGUCUAGGAUCCUCACACCAGCUACUUGCAAGGGAGAAGGAAAAGGCCAGUGAGGCCUGGGCCAGGAGAGUCCCGACAGGAGUGUCAGGUUUCAAUCUCAGCACUAGCCACUCAGAGCAGGGCGUGAUGUUGGGGGCCCGCCUCAGGCUCUGGGUCUGUGCCUUGUGCAGCGUCUGCAGCAUGAGCGUCAUCAGAGCCUAUCCCAAUGCCUCCCCACUGCUCGGCUCCAGCUGGGGUGGCCUGAUCCACCUGUACACAGCCACAGCCAGGAACAGCUACCACCUGCAGAUCCACAAGAAUGGCCACGUGGAUGGCACACCCCACCAGACCAUCUACAGUGCCCUGAUGAUCAGAUCAGAGGAUGCUGGCUUUGUGGUGAUUACAGGUGUGAUGAGCAGAAGAUACCUCUGCAUGGAUUUCAGAGGCAACAUUUUUGGAUCACACUAUUUCAACCCGGAGAACUGCAGGUUCCGACACCGGACGCUGGAAAACGGCUACGACGUCUACCACUCUCCUCAGCAUCACUUCUUGGUCAGUCUGGGCCGGGUGAAGACGGCCUUCCUGCCAGGCAUGAACCCACCCCCCUACUCCCAGUUCCUGUCCCGGAGGAACGAGAUCCCCCUCAUUCACUUCAACACCCCCAGACCACGGCGGCACACCCGGAGCGCCGAGGACGACUCGGAGCGGGACCCCCUGAACGUGCUGAAGCCCCGGGCCCGGAUGACCCCGGCCCCGGCCUCCUGCUCACAGGAGCUCCCGAGCGCCGAGGACAACAGCCCGGUGGCCAGCGACCCGUUAGGGGUGGUCAGGGGCGGUCGGGUGAACACGCACGCUGGGGGAACGGGCCCGGAAGGCUGCCGCUCCUUCCCCAAGUUCAUCUAGGGUCGUUGGAAGGGCACCCUCUUUAACCCAUCCCUCAGCAUAGCAGCUCUUCCCAAGGACCGGCUCCCUUGACGUUCCCAGGAUGGGAAAGGUGACAGGGGCAAUGUAUGGAAUUUGCUGCUUCUCUGGGGUCCCUUCCACAGCAGGUCCUGUGAGAAGCAACCUUGGAGGCCCAAGUCAUGGGGUUUCACCACCUUCCUCACUCCAUAGAACACCUUUCCGAAUAGGAAACCCCAACAGGUAAACUAGAAAUUUCCCCUUCAUGAAGGUAGAGAGAAGGGGUCUCUCCCAACAUAUUUCUCUUCCCUGUGCCUCUCUUCUUUACCACCUUUAAGCAAAAAGAAAAGCAGUGGGUUCCUGAGCUCAGGACUUGGAAGGUGUGGGAGAAGAGGCGAGCCAGAGAUCCCAGAAGCUUCCCCACUGCCCUGUGCAUUUAUGUUACAUGCCCCAAUCCCACUGGCAUUUGAGUGUGCAAGCCUUAACAGCCGAAUGGGGCAAGUUGAUGAAAACACUACUUUCAAGCCUUCGUUCUUCCUGGAGCAUCUCUGGGGAAGAACUGUCAAAAGACCGGUGGUAGGCUGGUGAAAACUGGACAACUAGACUUGAUGCUUGCUGGACUGAGACAGGAAUCAUAAUAGAAAACAGCCUCUCUACAGGGUGAGCACCCCGUGUCUCACUGUCUCCCUCUCUGCAGCCACAGCCAGAGGGCCCAGAAUGGCCCCGCUCUGUUCCCAAGUGGCUCAUGAUACAGCCUCACCUUUUGGCCCCAUCUCUGGUUUUUGAAAAUGUGGUCUAAGGAAUAGCUUUUAUAUUGGCUCACGAAAAUCUACCCUGCUAGGAUUUGCUUUUCAAAAUGGAAAUAAAUUCCAACUCUCCUAAGAGGCAUUUAAUUCAGGCUCUACUUCCAGGUUGAGUAGGAAUCCAUUCUGAACAAACUACAAAAAUGUGACUGAGAAGGGGGCCUUGAGAGACUGGGGCCGCUCUGGGUUAGGUUUUCUGUGGACUGAAAAACCGUGUACUUUCCUCUAAAUGAAGUGUUAUCAAGGACUCAGGGGGAAAGAAAUCCAGUAAUCAGGGGGUAUGUUAUAGAAGUUAUGAAAAAGCAACCACAUGGUCAGGUUCUUGACUGUGGUCUCUAGGGCUCUGCAGCAGCAGUGGCUCUUGGAUUAGUUAAAACACUCCUAGGCUGACACAUCUGGGUCUCAACCCCCUUCGAAAUUCUUGGUGCCUUAGAUGAAGUCGGCUUUCAGUCCCAGGAGCACCAGUGCUAUCUGGAGGAAACAAAGCUUCCCAGAGCAAGCAGUAGAGGCGCAGAGGAGCACCAGGCAGGCGGGCCUGACGGUCAGCUCUCAGCCCAGCCUUACCCCAUUACUGCGGCUCUUCCUGUAAGAGGACUCCAUUUUCCUACCUCUCUUUAAAAGACCACCUAAAGGACAGAAUAUUAACAAGCAAAGUCAAUUCAACAACAGCUUCUUCCCAGUCACCUUUUUUUUUUCUCAUUGCCAUCACGUACUAACCUUAUACUUCUAUUCUUUCUAGUUAUCAGAGAAACAUUGGGCAACUGUUUUUACCUGAUGGUUUUAAGCUGAACUUGAAGGAUUGGUUCCUAUUCUGAAACAGUAAAACUAUGUAUAAUAGUAUAUAGUCAUGCAUGGCAAAUAUUUUAAUAUUUCUGUUUUCAUUUCCUGUUGGAAAUAUUAUCCUGCAUAAUAGCUAUUGGAGGCUCCCCAGUGAAAGAUCCCAAAAGGAUUUUGGUGGAAAACUGGUUGUAAUCUCACAAACUUAACACUCCCAUCAGGGGCUUUCUUUAUGGCAAAGCCAUAAUAGUUCCUACAAUUUCUUAUAUCCCUCAUCAUGUGGCAAUAUUUAUUUAUUUAUUUGGAAGUUUGCCUAUCCUUCUAUAUUUAUAGAUAUUUAUAAAAAUGUA